AUGGCUUCUAGUCAGGUGCAGUGUCCACCGUUUGGAUUCUCAGCCAAGUAUUAUUCAUCGGCGGGUGGUGGGUGCGUGAGGCAGAGCAGUUUCUUUGAAGGCAAAACAGUGCUGAAUCAAGGUGUUGGUUAUUCUGUUAUUCUUGGUUUUGGAGCCUUCUUUGCUGUCUUCACUUCUUUCCUGGUAUGGCUGGAGAAACGAUAUGUUGGGUCUCGUCACACUUCAGAAUGGUUCAAUACUGCAGGCCGGAACGUUAAAACAGGACUUAUUGCCAGCGUGAUUGUAUCCCAGUGGACAUGGGCUGCAACCAUCCUGCAAAGCUCUAAUGUUGCCUGGGAGUAUGGAAUUAGUGGGCCCUUUUGGUAUGCUAGUGGGGCUACUAUCCAGGUACUGUUGUUUGGUGUAAUGGCUAUAGAACUUAAAAGAAAGGCUCCUCAUGCUCAUACUGUUUGUGAAAUUGUAAAAGCUCGUUGGGGAACUCCUGCACAUGUAGUUUUCCUUGCAUUUUGCUUUUGGACGAACAUUAUUGUCACGGCUAUGCUGCUUCUUGGUGGCUCUGCUGUUGUAAAUGCACUUACAGGAGUGAACAUUUACGCUGCCAGCUUUCUGAUACCACUUGGAGUAAUUGUUUAUACUCUUGCCGGAGGACUAAAGGCAACUUUCUUGGCAAGCUACAUACAUUCUGUUAUAGUGCAUGUGGUUCUAGUCAUCUUUGUGUACCUAGUUUACACUGCAAGCAGAGAGCUUGGUAGUCCCAGUGUCAUCUACCACCGUCUAUUGGAGGUGGCUAGCAAAUCAAGAGUAUGUCAGGAGCCAAUUUCCCAUGAUGGACAAUCCUGUGGUCCUGCCAGUGGAAAUUUCAGAGGGUCUUACCUAACAAUGUUGAGUUCAGGUGGGCUUGUGUUUGGGAUUAUAAACAUUGUUGGCAACUUUGGCACAGUUUUUGUUGACAAUGGAUAUUGGGUUAGCGCGAUAGCUGCAAGGCCUUCAUCAACUCACAAGGGCUACUUGCUGGGAGGGCUGGUGUGGUUUGCUGUGCCAUUCUCUCUGGCAACAUCUCUGGGUCUGGGAGCACUUGCCCUUGAUCUCCCAAUAACAGAGAGUGAGGCAAGCCACGGACUAGUUCCUCCUGCUACUGCUAUAGCUUUGAUGGGGAAAGGAGGAUCCAUACUUCUUCUCACUAUGCUUUUUAUGGCUGUGACAUCUGCUGGGUCAUCUGAGCUGAUUGCAGUUUCUUCACUAUGCACUUACGAUAUAUACCGUACCUAUAUAAAUCCUGAUGCUAGUGGGAAAGAAAUCCUCAAAGUUUCAAGGGCUGUUGUCCUGGGCUUUGGAUGUUUCAUGGGAUUGUUAGCAGUAAUAUUAAACAAAGCAGGAGUUUCAUUGGGUUGGAUGUAUCUUGCCAUGGGAGUUCUUAUUGGUUCUGCUGUCCUUCCUAUUGCCUUCAUGCUUCUAUGGAGGAAAGCAAAUGCAAUAGGUGCCAUUCUUGGAACAAUCAUCGGAUGUGCUCUUGGGAUUAUAACUUGGUUAGUAGUUACGAAGAUCGAGUAUGGUCAGAUAAAUCUCGACACAACCGGGCGAAAUGCACCCAUGCUUGCUGGCAACCUUGUGUCAAUACUUACUGGUGGAGCAAUUCAUGCUGUCUGUAGUUUUUUAUGGCCACAAAACUAUGAUUGGGAUACGACCAAGCAGAUCACAAUGGUUGAAAAGGAAAAGAGUGAGUUGCCAGCUGAAGAGUUCAAGGAGGAGAAACUCACAAAAGCAAAAGCCUGGAUAAUUAAAUGGGGUGUUGGUUUGACUGUGGUGAUUGUUAUAUUAUGGCCUCUCCUCACCCUUCCAGCAGGUGAAUUCGGUUUAGGCUACUUCACAUUCUGGGCAGUGAUUGCUAUAGCAUGGGGUACCAUUGGAUCGGCAGUUAUUAUUGCUUUACCGUUGAUGGAAAGCUGGGAGACCAUCCAAAGUGUCUGCCUAGGCAUGUUCACAAAUGACAGGCUCAUGGAAAAGGUGGAGGAGAUGAAUAACAGGCUACAUACAAUCAUUUUGGCUAUGCCUGAAGCAGAAAGAAUUUACUUGCUCGAGAAAGAAAAGGCCAAGAAAAAGGAAGAAUCUGAGCACCUAGCUUAA